AUGGAGCAUUACACCGUUAUUAGAAAGAUAGGGGAGGGUUCCUUUGGGGAAUGCUUCCUCUGCUGUGAUAAGCGCACAGGCUUACACGUUGUGAUAAAGGAGAUUAGUAUGGAAGAUAUGCAGGACACAGAGGUCCGGAACACAGAGCGAGAAUCUGCUAUCCUACUGACCAUGGACCAUCCUAAUAUUGUUCGUGGCAUAGAGUCCUUUAAGGAGGACGGCUUUCUGUAUAUUGCGAUGACAUACUGCGAACAUGGGGAGCUCACUUCACUGAUCAAGAGGCAUCACAAGAGCCAAAUGCACUUUGAGGAGUCGCAGGUCUUACGGUGGAUUGCUCAGCUUGCAUCUGCUCUCUGGUACAUUCAUAGCAAAGGGCUUAUUCACAGAGACCUGAAGUCUCAAAACAUCUUCCUUGAUCAGGAUCUCAAUGUGCAUAUAGGUGACUUUGGAAUAGCACGCACGAUAAACCCCGGCUCAAUGGCCUCCACAUUCAUAGGCUCUCCCCUCUAUAUGUCUCCAGAGCUGAUUCAGGGGACUUCCUACAAUUCACAGUCUGAUAUGUGGUCACUUGGGUGCAUGAUCUUCGAGAUACUCUGCCUUAAAACAGCGUUUCAAGCCAAGAACAUUAACACCCUCAUAAUGAAGAUCGUUUCCGGUAAGGUUCCCGAGCUGCCCGGAAUAUACUCGUCCAAGCUGCGAGAUAUCUGUCUAAACCUAUUGAAUCAGGUCCCAGAUCAGCGGAUGACUGCUGCCCAGCUUUGUGGGCAUGAUCUGAUUGCACCAUUUAUUUUCGAGCUUAACCUACCUCAUCCAGAGUCAUUUGAUCCUCCCACAGCAGCAGUAGGGAAUGCAUUUGCAUCUAGGCUUUCUAAGAGUAUUUCAGAUCAAGCCAUUUCCGAGGCAGAUAUAUUUAGCAAUACGAGCAAGAUAAAUAUUUACAUUAAGCAAGGAGUAGAGGCAGAAAACAACGCUAUACAGAGUAUUCGCCAAGGCGGGGCCUCCCCCACAUAUUCCACAGGCAGGCGGAUGACAGGCGAUAUACCAGAGAGUGCGUCGUCUGCAUUCAAGUACAACUCAGAUCCAAUUCUGUCACACAUUUUCUCACAGCUCGUGCUCCUGGUGGACCAUGAUAGUACCGUUGCAAGUCAGUUGGUUUCUAUCGUACGCCUAACAUACUCAUUUCAAGAUGUAGAUAUGCUCAGAGACAUUACGUUGUUGGACAUACCACCACACUUUAACGACAUAUAUAAGUCUAAAACAGCGUGGACAGACAACUCCUGCACGACGUGGGACCGGGAGACAGAGCUUCUAUCGUGGAUAUUUGAGCGGAUAGCAGGCGAAAAGGGUGACGCAUGCCUCGGGCUCUGUCGGCUACUCGUCUCCGCCGACGAUUACUCGUGA